CGACGAGUGUACGGGCAGAGACGACGCCUGACACUGUUUCCCAGAAGUUCCACACCAGCGAUCUAUACCCUUUUGACCUUGAAUACACCCAUCAGCGAUGUCAACAAGUAGAUUCUUCCUCCUCCUCGUCCUCCUCAGCUGCUCCUCAUGCUUCUUGUUCUAUUUCAGCUUCUUGGACCAGAUCGUGCCAAGAAACGCUCCUCGUGUUCUUCAGAGGAACAUCAGUAUCCUGCUGUGGCACUGGCCCUUCGGCGUCUCCUACAGACUCCACGGGAACAAAUGCCUGGAGUUGUACAACAUCAGCCGCUGUUUCCUCACCAACAACGCCUCCGCCUUGUCCACCGCCGACGUGGUCGUCUUCCACCACCAGGAGCUGAGCAACGGCCUCUCCACGCUGCCUUUGCACCUGGGUCGGCCGGCGUGGCAGCGUUGGGUGUGGCUGUCCAUGGAACCGCCCGUCAACAACUCCAACCUCACCCUGUUCAACGGCCUCUUCAACUGGACCAUGAGUUACAGACGCGACGCAGAUAUUUACAUCCCGUACGGAAAGACUGUUCCAGGGGGGAGCCGUCCCAAAGACCUCGCCCCCUCGAAUCGUUCGUGUCUUGUCAGUUGGGUGGUCACCAAGUAUGAGAAUCAGCAGGUUCGCACUCAAGUUUACCAAAGUCUGAAGAACUACAUUCCCAUUGAGGUUUACGGCAAGUGGACCAAGAGACCCCUGUUGAACAAGAAGCUGUUACCCACUAUUGCAAAGUGUCUCUUCUACCUGGCGUUCGAGAACUCGGUGGCGACAGACUACAUCAGCGAGAAGCUCUGGAGGAACUCUUUCCAAGCGGGGGUCGUACCGGUGGUCCUCGGACCCAGCAGGGCCACCUACGAAGCCCUAGCCCCGCCCAAUUCUUUUAUCCACGUGGCGGACUUCAAGACCGUGGCAGAUCUGGCUGCACAUCUGAAACACUUGGCCGCAGACAGGAAGUCGUACGAGGCCUACCUUCAAUGGCACCGAACCCACACCGUCCAAACCUACACCGACUGGAGGGAAAGACUGUGCCAGAUCUGUGUCCAGUAUCCCAGUUUACAAACCAGUAAAGUCUAUCAGGACCUGGCAGGUUGGGUUAACAAAUAAGACCUGUUACA